AUGGGCAACCGCAGCUACAGACCUCAAUCUGUGGUACAUAUCAAGCAAUUCAGCUUUUUCAGACUUUUCUCUGAAAAGUCUGGGUGCACUUACAGCAUCACUAGUGGCACUUUGUUUACCGACGUAGAGCUGAAACGACUGAAAGAUGCCUUCAAGAGAACCUGUGGACUCUCAUACUAUAUGGGCCAACACUGCUUCAUCAGGGAGGUGCUUGGGGAUGGAGUGCCUCCAAAAGUUGCUGAGGUGAUAUACUGUUCUUUUGGUGGAACAUCCAAAGGACUGCACUUCAAUAACUUAAUAGUUGGACUUGUCCUUCUUACAAGAGGCAGAGAUGAAGAGAAGGCAAAAUACAUAUUUAGUCUUUUUGCAAGUGAAUCUGGGAGCUAUGUUGUACGGGAAGAAAUGGAAAGAAUGCUCCAUGUGGUGGAUGGUAAAGUCCCAGAUACACUCAGGAAGUGUUUCUCAGAGGGUGAAAAAGUAAACUAUGAAAAAUUUAGAAAUUGGCUUCUUCUAAACAAAGAUGCUUUUACCUUCUCUCGUUGGCUACUAUCUGGAGGUGUUUAUGUGACCCUCACUGAUGAUAGUGAUACUCCCACUUUCUACCAAACUCUAGCUGGAGUCACACAUUUGGAAGAAUCAGACAUCAUUGAUCUGGAGAAACGCUAUUGGUUGCUAAAGGCUCAAUCCCGGACUGGACGAUUUGAUUUAGAGACAUUUGGCCCAUUGGUUUCACCACCCAUUCGUCCAUCUCUAAGUGAAGGUUUGUUUAAUGCUUUUGAUGAAAAUCGUGACAAUCACAUAGAUUUUAAGGAGAUAUCUUGUGGGUUAUCAGCCUGUUGUAGGGGACCCCUGGCUGAAAGACAAAAAUUUUGCUUCAAGGUAUUUGAUGUUGACCGUGAUGGAGUUCUCUCCAGGGUUGAACUGAGAGACAUGGUGGUUGCACUUUUAGAGGUGUGGAAGGACAACCGCACUGAUGAUAUACCAGAAUUACAUACGGAUCUAUCUGACAUUGUAGAAGGCAUAUUGAAUGCACAUGACACCACAAAGAUGGGUCAUCUUAGUCUAGAAGACUACCAGAUUUGGAGCGUGAAAAAUGUUCUUGCCAAUGAGUUUUUGAAUCUCCUUUUCCAGGUAUGUCACAUAGUUCUGGGGUUAAGACCAGCUACUCCUGAAGAAGAAGGACAAAUUAUUAGAGGAUGGUUAGAACGAGAGAGCAGGUAUGGUCUGCAACCAGGACACAAUUGGUUUAUCAUCUCCAUGCAGUGGUGGCAGCAGUGGAAAGAAUAUGUCAAAUAUGAUGCCAGCCCUGUUGUAAUUGAGCCAUCAUCUAUUCUGAAUGGAGGAAAACACUCAUUUGGAACAGCAGUACACUCUAUAGAGCAAAGUGAAGAUAGAAUCGGAGGUGGCAGCCUCAGUUAUAUGAACACCACAGAGGAGAGAUUUUCAGACAACAUUUCUACUGCAUCUGAAGCCUCAGAAACCGCUGGCAGUGGCUUUCUGUAUUCUGCCACACCAGGGGCAGAUAUGUGCUUUGCUCGACAGCAUAACACUUCUGACAACAACAACCAAUGUUUGCUAGGAGCCAAUGGGAACAUUUUGUUGCAUCUCAGUCCUCAGAAACCAGGGGCUAUUGAUAACCAGCCAUUAGUAACUCAAGAACCAGUAAAGGCUACAUCGUUAACACUAGAAGGAGGACGAUUAAAACGAACCCCACAGCUGAUCCACGGAAGAGAUUAUGAAAUGGUUCCAGAACCUGUGUGGAGAGCACUUUAUCACUGGUAUGGAGCAAACCUGGCCCUUCCUAGACCUGUAAUCAAGAAUAGCAAGACAGAAAUCCCAGAGCUAGAGUUAUUUCCUCGAUAUCUUCUCUUCCUAAGACAGCAGCCUGCCACUCGGACACAGCAGUCUAACAUCUGGGUGAAUAUGGGAAAUGUACCUUCUCCAAAUGCGCCCUUAAAGCGGGUCUUAGCCUAUACAGGCUGUUUUAGUCGAAUGCAGACCAUCAAGGAAAUUCAUGAAUAUCUAUCUCAGAGGCUACGCAUCAAAGAGGAAGAUAUGCGUCUGUGGCUGUACAACAGUGAGAAUUACCUUACUCUUCUGGAUGAUGAGGAUCAUAGAUUGGAAUAUUUGAAAAUCCAGGAUGAGCAGCAUCUGGUAAUUGAAGUUCGCAACAAAGAUAUGAGUUGGCCUGAGGAAAUGUCCUUUAUAGCAAACAGUAGUAAAAUAGAUAGACACAAGGUUCCCACAGAAAAGGGAGCCACAGGUCUGAGUAACCUGGGAAACACAUGCUUCAUGAACUCAAGCAUCCAGUGUGUUAGUAACACACAGCCACUGACACAGUAUUUUAUCUCAGGGAGACAUCUUUAUGAACUCAACAGGACAAAUCCCAUUGGUAUGAAGGGGCAUAUGGCUAAGUGCUAUGGGGAUUUAGUACAGGAACUUUGGAGUGGAACUCAGAAGAAUGUCGCCCCAUUAAAGCUUCGGUGGACCAUAGCAAAAUAUGCUCCCAGGUUUAAUGGGUUCCAGCAACAAGACUCCCAAGAACUUCUGGCUUUUCUCUUGGAUGGUCUCCAUGAAGAUCUUAACCGAGUCCAUGAGAAGCCCUAUGUGGAACUGAAGGACAGUGAUGGCCGACCAGACUGGGAAGUAGCUGCAGAGGCAUGGGACAACCAUCUGAGAAGGAAUAGAUCGAUUGUUGUGGAUUUGUUCCAUGGGCAGCUGAGGUCCCAAGUCAGAUGCAAAACGUGUGGGCAUAUAAGUGUGCGAUUUGACCCUUUCAAUUUUUUGUCUUUGCCACUACCAAUGGACAGUUAUAUGCACUUAGAAAUAACAGUUAUUAAGCUGGAUGGUACUACCCCUGUACGAUAUGGACUACGACUGAAUAUGGAUGAAAAGUACACAGGUUUAAAAAAACAGCUGAGCGAUCUCUGUGGACUUAAAUCAGAACAGAUCCUUCUUGCAGAAGUACAUGGGUCCAACAUAAAGAAUUUCCCUCAAGACAACCAAAAAGUGAGACUCUCAGUGAGUGGAUUUUUGUGUGCAUUUGAAAUUCCCAUUCCUGGAUCUCCAAUUUCAGCUUCUAGUCCAACACAGACAGAUUUCUCCUCUUCCCCAUCUACAAAUGGAAUGUUGACCCUAACAACCAAUGGAGACUUGCCCCGACCAAUGUUUAUACCCAAUGGAAUGCCAAACACUGUUGUGCCAUGUGGAACUGAGAAGAACUUCACAAAUGGAAUGGUGAAUGGUCAUAUGCCAUCUCUUCCUGACAAUUCCUUUACAGGCUACAUCAUUGCAGUCCACCGAAAAAUGAUGAGGACAGAACUGUAUUUCCUUUCAUCUCAGAAGAAUCGCCCCAGCCUCUUUGGAAUGCCACUGAUUGUUCCAUGUACUGUGCAUACCCGGAAGAAGGACCUGUAUGAUGCGGUCUGGAUUCAGGUGUCUCGAUUAGCCAGCCCACUCCCACCUCAGGAAGCCAGUAACCAUGCUCAGGAUUGUGAUGACAGUAUGGGCUAUCAGUAUCCCUUCACUCUACGAGUUGUGCAGAAAGAUGGGAACUCCUGUGCUUGGUGCCCAUGGUAUAGAUUUUGCAGAGGCUGUAAAAUUGAUUGUGGAGAAGACAGAGCUUUCAUUGGAAAUGCCUAUAUUGCUGUAGAUUGGGACCCCACAGCUCUUCACCUCCGCUAUCAAACAUCACAGGAAAGGGUUGUAGAUGAGCAUGAGAGUGUAGAACAGAGUCGGCGAGCACAAGCUGAGCCCAUCAACCUGGACAGCUGCCUCCGUGCUUUCACCAGUGAGGAGGAACUAGGGGAAAAUGAGAUGUACUAUUGUUCCAAGUGUAAGACCCACUGCUUGGCAACCAAGAAGCUGGAUCUCUGGAGGCUUCCCCCUAUCCUGAUUAUUCACCUUAAACGAUUUCAAUUUGUAAAUGGUCGAUGGAUAAAAUCACAGAAAAUUGUUAAAUUUCCUCGUGAAAGUUUUGACCCUAGUGCUUUUUUGGUACCAAGAGACCCGGCUCUUUGUCAGUGUAAGCCACUCACACCCCAGGGGGAUGACCUCUCUGAGCCCAGGGUUCUGCCAGGAGAGGUGAAGAAAGUGGAUGCUCAGAAUUCAACUGGGGAAGAGGAUGUGUUCCUGAGCAAGAGCCCAUCUUCACUCAGUGCAAACAUCAUCAGUAGCCCUAAAGGUUCUCCGUCUUCGUCAAGAAAGAGUGGAACUAGCUGUCCCUCCAGCAAAAAUAGCAGCCCUAACAGUAGCCCUAGGACUUUAGGGAGGAGCAAAGGGAGGCUCCGGCUACCCCAGAUUGGCAGCAAAAAUAAACUGUCAAGUAGUAAGGAGAACUUGGAUGCCAGCAAAGAGAAUGGAGGUGGGCAAGUUUGUGAGCUGGCUGAUUCCUUGAGCCGGGGGCACAUGAUGGGGGGUAGCCAAACUGAACUGGUCACCCCCCAGGACCACGAAGUAGCUCUGGCCAAUGGAUUUCUUUAUGAGCAUGAGGCAUGUGGCAAUGGCUACAGCAAUGGUCAGCUUGAAAACCACAGUGAAGAAGACAGCACUGAUGACCAAAGAGAAGAUGUUCGUGUUAAGCCUAUUUAUAAUCUAUAUGCAAUUUCGUGCCAUUCAGGAAUUCUGGGUGGGGGCCAUUACGUCACUUAUGCCAAAAACCCAAACAGCAAGUGGUACUGUUAUAAUGACAGCAGCUGUAAGGAACUUCACCCUGAUGAAAUUGACACCGACUCUGCCUACAUUCUUUUCUAUGAGCAGCAGGGGAUAGACUAUGCACAAUUUCUGCCAAAGAUCGAUGGCAAAAAGAUGGCAGACACAAGCAGCAUGGAUGAAGACUUUGAGUCCGAUUACAAAAAGUAUUGUGUGUUACAGUAAAGCUACCACUCUGGCUGCUAGACAGGCUGGUGGUGAGGGAGAUGACUCCCUGUAGCUGACAUUUGGCAGAAG